AUGGAUUCAUCUAAGUCCCAGGGCCCAAAGCAAACCAUAUAUCCAUACGACACAAACCAUAUCAGUGAACUGCUUAAGCGCAAGCGCCGCACACGCGGCAUCAAGUCAUGUUUUCCUUGUCGUCACAGGAAAGUCCGCUGCGAUGGUAAUAUGCCUUGUUCCAGUUGUGUGCAGCGUCACCACCCGGAGUUAUGCUGUUUGCCUCCUAGCGCAGGACAUGAGCCGCCGGCUUCCGAUGGGAAAAAUAGCUCUCUUUCUAUGAAUAAGGAUCACGAUGAAGAAAUGCAGGGAACGAGCGCUCACAGGGCUUCCAACGUUCCAACCACUAACAACGCACUGAACAGUAUCUCUAGUGAAGAUCAUACAACAUAUAUGAAUGAAAAUUAUAAAUAUCCCCCAGGGAUUGAUCUCAUUCUCAGCCGGCUUGACAAGAUGGGUGAACAGAUAUCUUCACUCAAGGCAGAGCUUCGUCAGACUCGCUCAGGUUCUCGGUCAGGCACAAUUGCCCAAGCCGAUUUGGCAUCGUCUAUAGAAUCCUCAUCUACGAGGAAAGGCUCUACACUUGCCAAAUCCCCCGGUAAGCACUUCGUCGAAGACGCCACAGGGGCUACCAUCUUUCUGGGCAGUCAUUCUGAUCCACCUGUCGCUCUGGGAUGCCGACAACCUGGGAGUGAUCCAAUGCUCAACGACGCAAUGCUCUCUGAUCAGCUUGUCCCACGAACUUAUCCGUUUACGAAUCUGUGGAAGCAAGAGCCUGGAGCUGGUGAGAUCUGUGAGACUUUACCUGACGAGUCAGAUAUAAUCCGAUAUUGGCAAGUCUAUCAAACCAACGUCCACCCGUUUUAUCCAGCACUAGUGACAUACGAGCAAUUCAAUAUAUCGCUAUUUGCGUUCAUGAACAAGCGCACAGGGAUGCUGCUGGAAAACGAGACCAUGAGAUUAGAUGACGUGGAUUCCUCGUGGCUUGCAUUACUCUUUGCUGUACUUGCCUGUGGGGUGCAGUUCUCAAAUGACCCCAUCAAGGAGCGGGAUCUCCGAUGCAAGGUGUUCAUCUGCUCAUCUUUCCAAUGUCUCAGAGCCUCAAACUUCUUCAACAAUACCAACAUGAACCAGAUCCAGGCUAAGGCUUUGAUUGGAAACUGCCUGCGGAACAACCUUGAUACGAACAGUGCCUGGAUCUUAAUGGGAUCAACGAUACGUCUUGCGCAGAGUAUUGGACUACACGAAGAGACAGCCUCAGACACACAAAUUUCCAGCCUAGAACAAUUCCAGCGAAGACGGCUAUGGUGGAUGCUUUUAUGGCAAGAUACCUUUCUCUCGUUCACCUACGACCGCCCACCAAACAUAAACAAGCUAAGCAGCGGUAUCCCUCAUGACCCAGACACAGGCCCAGGGUGGUCUUUCGCAGAAUGCGUCUGCGCUAUAUGCCAAGUCCUUCUCGAGCGCGCACGACAAGACAGCACUGAAAGUGCCAUCGAAACAGUAUCCUUCAAAAGCCGAAUGGCCGCUAUAUUUGAAGAUGCCGCGCCGUUCCUUCGUGACAAAUCCUACUGUCGCAGCCUGCAAGAUCAUCUCGAGCGUCUAGCCCUGAAUAUCCACAUCUGCUACACAAUCUGUCGUCUCUGUCGGCUGAUUCUGGAGUCUUCAUCUAGUGAAGCUCUUAGUCCAGCUGUUGAUGUCGAUUCCAUCAAGAUGGAAUGUAUUGACUGCGCUGCUCAGGCGGUGGAGAGCUUUUUGGAUAUGCACCGUCUUGCAGCGACCGUGUGUCGCUCGUGGGCGUUUGUUCAUAAUGCUGUUAGUUGUGCGCUCACCCUUCAAAGUUUGGUUGCCUCUGGCCCACAGCGUUCGCGUGCUGGAGUGCUUGUCCAGCGGUUGAUUGUUGUUUUGGAGCGUGAGGGGCAGCAGUCUGUGUGGGAGGAUACAGAUACUAAUGUAAGAUACUUCGGUCCGUAUUCUCGGGCGUUGAGGGCCUUGCGGGAGACUAGUGAUAGCCACUGA